GUUUAUUAUGGCGGAUGCCACGGACGAAGGUGAGGAAUGGCUGGCAUUUUCAUCCUCUAAUUGUGAUUUCGACGAAAACCAUUUCAUAUUACCGAAACUAGAGUCAUCAGAACAGAGCCAAGACAAAAAUCCUACGCCAGAGUUGGUUGUCCUCAAUGAUGUAGAAAGCAUGCGAACGUUACUUUGUCAAACAAUACAAGAUGCCUGCACAUGGCGAGGAUGUCAACGCGAUGACUUUGACUCAAUUAUCUAACGAAUCGUUUACUUUAGAAGAUGGUACUCAACACUGGAUUUGGGAGAAAUUAAUUUCAAAUUUGAACGAAGUUCGUCUUACGAAAUGGCCUAGUUCUAUGUUGGAGAAAGAUUUUUUUGAAGCUUUGCAGAUAAACAUGUUGAAGAAUAAAAUGGAAAAGCCUGAAAUAAAGUGUGAUGAAUCUUAUCGACAAUUCUUUAAUUUUCACGAUAUCAUUCAGACUAAUCAUGUUACUAAAUCACCAAAGGAAUUAAAUGGAACCAUUGCAAACAUAGAACUUACCAAUUGCAACGAGGCUCAGAGCUUAACAUUAUUAGAAUUGGGGAAUGUUGCCAAAGUAGACAUGACUCAGAUAUUGCAUGACAACCUUCAAGAACUUGAUGAUGAAUUGGAAUGGUCAGAAUGUGAUAUGAAAGACAAUUCAUCUUGUACAUCAUCUGGACUAAAUGAGAAUGAUGCAUUAGCAGAAUUGCAGCAGUUACCAUAUGAAGAAAUACUUCAACUUCGUAAUGAAUUAAAGGAGAUUACUAAACAAUAUUCUGAUGUUCUCAUCAAGGAACUAAAGAAUCGCGAUGAGUACAUUCGUGAAAAGGAACUUAAAAAUAAUUUCAUAGCAAGUUUUUUAUCUGUAGAAGAAAAGCUUAGAGAAGAUGCAACCACCAAUACCAAAAAUAAAUUUUCAUUGUCCUCAAAAUUCCCCAAUAGUCAGAGUUUCACAACCAUCCCAUAUGAAAUCAAGAAUGAUGGACCAAGUGUGGAUGUUCUAGAAAAGCUUAUUGAAAUAAUGGAUGCAAUGAGAACGAAUAAUCCUAAUGUGCCAAAUCUUUUGACAAAUUACAUUCUAAAAGUGUUAUGUAAAUGACAUCUCAGUAGCCUUACACUAUCAUGGUUAAAGGGUAUGACAAAGAUACAACUCUCAUAUUCAUGCUGAAUAUAAAUAUGUACAAAGUCAAAAUUAAUAAUAUAUAUUUUAACUGUAAAUUCCUUUGUGGGGAUAAUUAAAUAAUUUUGAGUAUUUUUUAUGGAUUUUUAAUUGUACAUAUUUGUAUAGAAUGGAAAAGCACUUAUAAAAAAAGGUCAAUUAAAUUAUUUUUUUACUGUGAACAGUGUGAUAUUGCUUCUUAUGAGAAAACCUUGGCUUAUUUGCUGUUGCUGAAUACUGGUACUUGGUGUCAUCAUGUGCUGCUUGCCACAAAUGGGGAUCUUGUAAAGGCAUGUGGUUAUGCAUUGCUCUCUAAAAUGAAGAAUUUGAGAAAGAUUACCUACAUUAGUGGUGUCCAGUCCUCUUGAGGCAACAUCUGUACAAACCAAGAUAGGUGAUUCAUUAUGUUGAAACUUGUCUAUAUUCCAUUUUCUUUCCUACAAGAGUGCUAAUUUAUUGAUUUGGAAUGUCUCAUACAGAUUUAUAAAAUUAAUUAUACCUUCUUUGUCAUUUUCCCAUUUAA